AUGGCUAUAAUUUAUCUAAUCAGGUGUAACUUCCCACCCAGAUACACAGGGAAGCAUCUUAUCAAACUGAUGAAAGAAUAUGGUAGUGACUGUUGGUGGACUCUACCUUUGGACCAGCUCCUGACUAAGGAAAUUUUAAAAAAGAGUGGAGGUUCUGAUGUGUCUGAUUAUGUCAAGGGAGAGGAUAUCUUAGAUAUUUGGUUUGAUAGUGGCACCUCAUGGGCACAUGUAUUAGAAGAUGUCAAUAAUGUUGCAGAUGUGUACCUGGAGGGGAAGGAUCAACUGGGUGGUUGGUUUCAAUCCUCACUGCUCACCAGUGUAGCAGCUGAGAAACAGAUUCCAUAUCGCAAAUUGGUGGUCCAUGGAUUCACACUCAAUGAAAGUGGUGAAAAAAUGUCCAAAUCCUUUGGAAAUGUGGUAGAUCCAGAUGUUGUUAUUAAUGGAGGAGUGGAUCCAAACCAAGACCCACCCUAUGGUGCCGAUGUUCUUCGCUGGUGGGCAGCAGAAUCAAAUGUUUUCACGGAGAUUUUAAUUGGACAAAAUGUACUGCAAGCAGCAAGAGAUGAUAUUUUUAAGUUACGGAAUACAUUACGCUUUAUCUUGGGGAACCUUUAUAAUUUUAACCCUGAAACUGAUGCAGUUCCCAGUGAACAAAUGCUAAUGGUGGAUCAGUAUAUGCUUCAUCUCCUUCAAGAUUACAGCACUAAGGUUACAGAGGCCUAUAAGGAGUGUGAUUUUGGAAAAGUUAUUCGCCUUCUGUUGGCAUUUAUUAACCGAGAACUGUCUAAUUUUUACUUCAGCAUCAUCAAAGAUCGACUAUAUUGUGAAGAUGAGAAAAGCUCCAAGCGUCUAUCAUGUCAGACAGUUCUAGAUGAAGCAUUAGAUGUAAUCACACGUUCUGUAGCCCCAAUCCUGCCUCACCUUGCAGAGGAAGUAUUCCAACACCAAUCAAACCAAAAAGACCCUCAGAGUGUGUUUCGAACUGGCUGGAUAAAGGCUAGUUCUGUAUGGAGGAAGCCUGGCAUUGUGGAGGCUAUUGAAGGUGCUUGCGCAAUAAGAGACAGCUUCUUGAGCUCUAUACCUGGCAAAAACGCACUGGAAUAUGAUAUAACCAUUAUCAUUGAGCCCAGUUUGUUCUUGGAGUUGAUGGAGCAACUACAAGGUGAGGAAAUCUCCAGUACAUCACAACUGAAUGAGCUGAUGAUGACAUCACACACUACGUUGCUUACUGCUGUUCCUCGUGACUUGCCUACAGAGACAGAUUUUAUUGAGGGCAAGUUUGAAAUCAAUUUAGAAGGUGGUGAUAUUAUUGAGGAAACAUCAUACAAAGUAAUUGUUCAAUCAGCUACCAAAGAAAGAUGUCUUCGCUGUAAGAAAUACACAUCAACAUCAGCGUUAACACCCUGCCCACGUUGCUUGGACAGCAUUGCUGGGAAGUGGAGUGUUUAAUUUGUCAACAAUUAUUCCUGUAAGCACUGAAUAAAGAUGAAUAUGCACUGUAAGACUAGAUUACACAACAGUCAUUUCAUCAUUACCUUCCCACCUCCAAGGUUUUGUGUUAAAUUUUGGUGGGGCUUUGUCAAAAUUACCAUUCCCAAUUGGAUAUGGGAUUCUGCAUGUAUGGAUAUGAUAUGUCUUCUGUUUCUAGAAUUAAAUUUUGACUAUAGUUUUGCAGCUACUACUGUACAGAGGGAAGAAUAAUUACUGUUAAUUUCCAGUUUUCCCUGACUCUAGUAUUAGAUAAGGUUUGUUUUGAUAUUUGCCUUUUUAAAAUUGUAUUAUAGCAAGUUCUCCCAAACUGUAUUAACUAUCAUGUCAAAUCUAAAUUGAUUAACAAACUACACUCAUUAAGAUGCCAGCUAAUACAACCUAAUAGGGAUCUAAUGAAUCACUAUGUUGCUUGUUGUAACACAGCUUUGAAAGGAAUUGUAAUAAAGAUUUUCUGGAUUUA